AAAAUUACACACUUGUGAAAGUUGAAACUCUCUUAUAUAUUCUGUUACUCAUCAGAAAUCUUCUUAUAAAUCGUAAAGAAAAGAUUCUAAUUUUACCAACUGGCAUGUGACCCUCCAUAUAUUUUUUAAUAUAAAUAUUUCAUGAAACCAAGUUCAAAUCAGCUUUCCAACUCCAAUAUUCCAAGUGGCUAGUAUUCAUUUUGUUCUCUCUUUCUUUCUUUCUUUCUUUCUCUUUUUUCCUUUUCUCCUUCUCUGUGCCCGGCCAUUAUAUUGUUGGAAAAGCUUUUAUUACGAGCUUUAAAUAACAUGUCCCAGUUCAAAAUUGUACUGGUAUUAUCACUCUGCCUCAGUUUAUGCCUCUUACCUAGUCCCACAUCGGCCCAGCUUAAGCAAAACUUUUACUCCAAAACAUGUCCUAAUGUCGAAAACAUUGUCCGAAACGUUGUGCGCCAGAAGUUUCAACAGACCUUUGUUACCAUUCCCGCUACUCUUCGUCUCUUCUUCCACGAUUGCUUUGUUUCGGGCUGUGACGCAUCUGUAAUGAUUGCUUCCACUGGAGGAAACAAGGCCGAGAAGGAUCACCCAGAUAAUCUAUCGCUUGCUGGUGAUGGUUUUGACACUGUGAUCAAAGCUAAGGCUGCAGUUGAUGCUGUUCCAAGUUGCAAAAACAAAGUCUCGUGUGCUGAUAUUCUCACCAUGGCCACCCGUGAUGUUGUUGCUCUGGCAGGUGGACCUUCUUAUGCGGUUGAGUUGGGAAGAUUCGAUGGGAAAACUUCGACUGCAUCAAGUGUGAAUGGAAAGCUUCCAAAGGGUUCCUUCAAUGUGGACCAGCUCAACUCCAUGUUUAAAGCUAAUGGUUUGAGCCAGGCAGAUAUGGUUGCUCUAUCUGCGGCGCACACCCUUGGAUUCUCUCAUUGCAGCCAGAUCACAAGCAGAAUAUGGGGUAGCAAAGUGGACUCCACCCUAAACAGCACAUACGCCAAACAGCUCCAAGCAAUGUGUCCAAGAAAUGUGGACCCCAGAAUAGCCAUCAACAUGGACCCAAACACCCCUAGAACUUUUGACAACAUGUAUUACAAGAAUCUUCAACAGAAAAAGGGUCUUUUCACUUCGGAUCAAGUCCUAUUUGAGGACUCAAGAACUAGGCCUACUGUCAAUGCAUGGGCUACUAACACAAAUGCCUUUAACAAUGCAUUUAUUUCUGCAAUGACUAGGUUGGGCCGAGUCGGAGUUAAGAACAGUCAAAAUGGUAAUAUUCGUAUCAACUGUGGUGCUUUCAAUUAGACUACUCUGAAAAAAUUUGUUUGAGGAUGGAUAAUAUUGGAAAUGUGAAGACAAAGGAAUAAUAAUGAAGAAAAACAAAAACAAUGGAGAGGGAGGCAUUCAAUUGUAAUCUAUGGAAUUUUAAAUUAUUUCAUUAAAAAGUUAAAAUAAAUGUGUUUCGUGGGGUACCUAUUUGUUGUACAAUGAAUAAUUGAAGACCAGAGUGACCAUUUGUCAAGUUCGUAUAUAGAAGUAAAGGACACAAUAAGUUAAGUGUUUCUUCUUCUAUUUUUGUUGUUAUCAUUAAUUUUUAAUAAAUAAGUCUCUU